GCACAGCAAAAGACAUACACAAAUUAGGUAGGGGUCAUUGGCGCACCCUAUUUCACCGGGCCCGGUUCGGUAACAUAGUCCAUCCUUUUCCAUGGGACAGUGCUGGGCUAGGUUAUGCGGACAAGGCAACGAGGAGCAUACAAGUGGUUCGGGAGAGCUUGGAGGUGGAAAUGUCCACCUCGUGACUACCAUAGAGGACUGGGACGAAAAGAUUUCUGAGUCUAACAAAGAUGACAAGAUAGUGAUUGUAAAUUUCAGUGCAUCGUGGUGCAACCAUUCUAGAAAAGCAGCACCAAUUUAUCGCCAACUUGCUGAUAAGCACACCUCGUUCAUGUUCAUAACCGUGGACAUUGAUGAGCUAGGGGAGUUUAGCUCAUCAUGGGAUAUAAAAGCCACUCCCACUUUCUUCUUCCUCAAAGAUGGAAGACAACUGGACGACUCACUGGUUGGUGAUGAAGAGAAAGAGCUUCAAAAGAAGUUAAAAGCAGUUGCGGCAGAGCACAAAGAUUGAUUGGUUGAGAUUUGAG